UUUGGAGGACGUGGUCACUUGUUGCACAGAUCUAUUGUGAGGUCAUAUAGCUACAGCUCAGUGGCGCCCCCUGUCGUCAAUGAGACUGUGGUGACGGGAACGGAAGUUAGGAUAUCCUGGGGGAUCGAAGAAAACAACUUUACCAUAGCAGGUUUCCGAAUUCAUUACGAGGCCUCGCGUCACAAGGAGCGCGUGACGAAAACCUUGAAUGGGGUUCUCAGGUCUGUGACUCUCCGCCAUCUUUAUCCUCUGACCACCUACAGGUUCUUAAUGGUCACAAUCGCGGACAGCGGUCUCUUUAGCAACGCCAGUGAUUCGGUGGAGUUUACCACAACUGAUCCAGAAGACGGGGAUCGAGUACGGGUCCAGCAUUAUGGCUUCCGGGCGGAGGAGAUCAUUUUUAUACUAAUAGUGGUUGCUGUGUGGAUUGUUGCUAUGGUACUCUGCUAUAAACAGUGGGACAGCAUCAGGAUCUUACAGCCCAUUGAACCCCGGUAUAAACAUAACCCUAAAAACUUGGAGAGUAUACGAAUUGUGAAGAGACCGCAAGAUAGCGUUAUUUAUAAAAACUACAGCCGGAAGUUGUCUAUAACAAUGGACGAGAGAGAGAAAAGGAGGCUACAGAGAAUGAACACAGAGCCUGUGCUCCCCAGUGUGUCACGGUUCAGUGCAUUACCCACAAUUCACAUGGAGGAAGCAACGACAGAAAUGUGACAUCAAAUGUGCCUACAUUACGUCAUUCCUCCCACAUUGUGUCAUUUAUUUUUGUCCAGAUUUCCACUCAUGUUCAGGACUCAAAUUUAUGUUCAUUUCAUUCAUAAUAUUAUCAUUAAUCACUAGAGGAACCAACACCAUUCAUUCAACUGAAUGGUCACUGAAUGGUCUGGAAAUGUCAGAAAAUGGCAGGGAUCUGCCAUUCAGUCACCUUUUGACCAGUUGACUUUCAGUUACCUUUCAGUUAACUGAAUUACAGAGUUUUGUUCUGUGAAUUCGUUCGUACAUAUUUCAGCAAAAUUAUAUACAUGUUCUGAUGUUUUUUUCUUUUUGUAAAUUAUUCUUCCUCUAAAAACAGAGCAAUUCCAAUAUUUUCAAAGAGCUGUUUCUGCAUUAAUGCAUUUUGCCUCACUCAAGAUUCCAUCGAUCGAAUAAAUAAAUUCUGGUUUGAUUAAACCUCGCGAAAUGCAUGUAGCCAGUAUUGGAUUUAAUCAGCAGAAAAUGUUAUUGUAUUGACAGGAAACUCAUUAUGUCCCUCGCAAUCGUAACUAAUUUUAUAAUGCGUAGUCACAUACAUUUCUUUAAGGUGUUUUAUUUGAAUUGAUUCAAGUGCAAUAACAAUCAUUUUUUCGCUUUCCUUAUUUUAUGUUUAUAUAGUGUACAUAAAAAUUCAUAAGAAUUGAAUUACAUUAAAACUACUGGAAAAGAGAGAAUCCAGCUAGUAUAUGGAAAAAUAUAAUGUUACAAAAUACCAAAUAAAAUUUGAAAGUUAUGGAUGUAUCAAAGUGGAUAUAUUGUCACUGGAUAUCUAUCCUAUAUUUAUGUCUAGAAACCCAAAGUCAAAUGACUGUCCUGAUGAAAGUAUAUUAUAUAAAUACUGCAUAUAUAUAGUGUGUAUAUUGACUAUUGUGAGUAUAUAAUUAAACCAAAGUUGAUUUUUUAAUCUCCAUAAACUAUCCCAUGUAUUAAAAGGGAAAGGAAAUAAUCUUUUUUUACUGAUAUAUUGAAUUUGUAUACAAUACUGAUUUGGGAUACACGUUCCUCACUAAUUUGAUAUUACAAAAAGUAUACACACUAACAGUCGUUCAAAACAGCAAAAACAUCUUAAUGUUAGGAACAAACUCAUCGUUUUGAAAUCUAGAAUACAAAGAAUUUCUUUCACAUGCAAAAGAUUUUUUUAUAUAUUAAAUAUGCAUUUACUAUAUGUAAUACUUCAAAGGAUUUGUCUGUACAAGACUGGCCAGAUAAUUUGUUGAGAAUGGCAUGUUACGUGGUCGUAGGUAAAAAUAAUAGCAUAUGAAAAAUGUUCAAACAUUAAUUUUAUGUAUAUUGAAGUCUUGAAAGGCCGUGGAUAUUGUGUACGGCCAAUAGUAAACCUGUUGUUAUGAAUUUGUUUUUGAAUUCAUAUUAUUAUAUUUUAUGUAAAAAAAAAAUCAAAACUUAAUAAAAAUUAAUUGCGACGCACAUAAUACUGCUGACAUCCUCUUCUGAUGUCAUUUGAAUUAUUAGAAAGAUGAAGUAAAUAUCGAGGAAAAACUACAAGAAAUAUGCUUGUGAAAACGUUCAGAAAAGCGCCUUCUACCCUCCGAAUGGACAAGCGUGCAUCAUGUAAUUUCGAAAAAAAUUAAAUAAACAGGGAAUAAUAGGAAAAAUUCCAAAUCAUUGAUUUACACGUAUCUAAGAAACAGUUCCCAGACAGUUUGUAUUA